AUGUCACCCCCCAAACAGCUGAAGAUCAUGGACGCGGUGAAAACCCGAAAAAAAGAUCGGAGAAAAGAAAGACAAGAUGGCGGCGAUACACCUGGCAUGUCGGACGACCAGUCAGACGCUGAGUCAAUUUCCUCUAAACUAUCAGACUCUAUGGUCACAGAACGUAGUCUGCAUAGAAUGCUGCAGGAUCUCCGAUCUACUAUCAGAAAGGAUUUUCUUCAAAUUGACAGUGAAUUGAGGAAGGAAAUUUCAACAUUGGGCGACAGGACCAGCCAUCUGGAAAACAAAUCCGACGAGCUGUGCGCAGCUCACAACGAAGUCGUUGACAAACUCCAGAAACUUUCUGAAGACAACAAUACACUUAAAUUAAAAUUAGCAGAUCUAGAGGAUAGAUCCAGAAGACAGAACGUCAGAUUUAGGGGUAUACCUGAUGAUAUCUCCCACGAUGCCCUACUUGCUUUUAUACUCUCUAUUUGCAAAUUAUGA